AUGACUGCCCUUCGCGUCAAGGACCACUUUGCGCCGUACGAGGCUCACCGGGCCGACCGGUUCGUUUUCCGUCCCUCAGCCUCCGUCGCGCACACCAAGAUGAUCAUCCUCGACGAUCAUCCUCGUCUGUUCAUUCCCUUGUAUGGACCGCACCUCUGCUCCCAUGCCGACGCCAUGAUCCACCUCGAUGGCCUCCCCGGCGUGUUGCAUUUCGCGUGCCAGUACCUGCACAUUUUCCUCCCGCUCACACCCUUUGUCUCCUCAGACUGUUCUGCGCAUCGAACACUACGGGCUCACAACCGUCGCGCCUGCUCGCUCGUGGAAAGUAUAUCGUCGUCGGCGAUGUCGUCCAGCGACCGGCUCUCCGAAGCCGAAGAAGCUCCAAGCGUAUACGCCCAGUCUGGCCAAGACGUCAAGCUUGAAUUUGCUCGGGAUCAACACGAGAGCUGCAUCGAGUGCAUGCACCCUUGGGAUGCGCAGGCGGAUGUCGACCAAUUUGAACGGAGGGUCUACGAUGCAACCUGGCUCCUAAUGCACCGGGGACGUGAUCUCGGCUCGCUCUCCACCAUCGCUGACCUCUACAACCUCCAGGACCGUGGCAUCUACCUGCACGCUCAGAUCGUCGACGUGUCGUGGCCGCCGGAAUUGCCGAUCAAAGUGCGUAGCCCUAUCUUGGGUCUGUUCUGGCGAGCUCUUCUCGCGUGA